GACGCAGGGGUGACGGAGAAGUGUGCCAUCCUGAUAGGGAGCAGUCCUGGUCUUUGCACGGCCAGUGUUUAGGUGCCAGGAAAUAAAAACCCAUCAUGUAGACAUUUUAUAGUAAUUAUCUUAAGGUCAAAUAAUUUCCCCGUUGAGCGGUUCUUCUACGUGCUCCCCUCGGCUCCUGCGACGCUGAUGUUUAGCAGGGUCGCCCGUGGUCCCCGCCGAGCUCUGCGUCCUGCGGGGCAGCUGCUGGGGUGCAGGCGGCUCCCCGCCGGUUGAUGCAGGUGCGAGGGAAGGAGCGUGCUUCCAGCUGUUGGAUGAGGACGGUAUUUUUGGGUGUCACCCAGAUCCCAAAUCGCUGCGCCCACUCCUGACCUCCUUCGGAGCCCUGCGUGUCCCCAGCUGCUUUUUGGAUCUUUCCACUUGGAUGUUGCUGCUGUUGGUUCGCCACUCACUGCCGUCCUCCCUCCCCCGCGACCGGCUCUGGUUUUACACCGUCCGCACUGAACACCGGGCUGAUUGCCCCGAGCGCCACUUACCGUGUCGCCUCUCCGUGGAAACGGUCGCGACCUCUGAAAAUGUGCCGGAGGAGCUCCGAGAGCCGUUCUACACCGACCAGUAUGACCAGGAGCACAUUAAGCCGCCCGUGGUCAGCCUGCUCCUGUCGGCCGAGCUGUACUGCCGGGCGGGCAGCCUGAUCCUCAGGAGCGACGCCGCGAAGCCCCUCGUGGGCCACGACGCCGUGAUCCAGGCCCUGGCGCAGAAGGGUCUCUACGUCACCGACCAGGAGAGGCUGGUGACCGAGCGAGACCUGCAGCGGAAGCCCAUCCAGAUGAGCGCGCACCUGGCGAUGGUGGACACCCUGAUGAUGGCCUACACCGCGGAGAUGGUCAGCGUGGAGAAGGUGGUCGCGUGCGCCCAGCAGUACUCCGCGUUCUUCCAGGCCACGGACCUGCCCUACGACGUCGAGGACGCCGUCACGUUCUGGAUAAACAAGGUAAAUGAACAUUUGAAAGACAUACUGGAGCAGGAACAGAAAUGGAAAGAGCAUCACACGGUGGAAGCUCCCGGAGGGCAGAAGGUAAAUAUGUCAAAGAAAAGCGGUGCCUUCCUGAGACCCUCUGCGUCCACGUUGCUGCUGUCGGGGGAUGUUAACAGCUGUGUUACCAACGAGCCCCGGGAAGCACUGACUGCUCAACCCUGCGCCUGUCGCUGCCCCUUCCCUGAACUUAAACCAGAGCAGAAACCUCUUUUCCUGCCAGGCGUGGCCGUGGCUGCCACCUGGUGGGCGGCACAGUGGCACCUGAAAUCCCGCACUAACGGGUCGUUGUCAUUACUCUUGGGUCCGGUUUUACGUAAUUUUAACUUCCUUCCCUCUCGCCAGAGUAACUACUUGGUGUUCAUGGCGGAGCUCUUCUGGUGGUUUGAGGUGGUGAAGCCGUCCUUCGUCCAGCCCCGAGCUCUCCGUCCACAAGGAGUUGAGCCUGAGCCCGGCCUGGCUUCAGUGCUGGCCCCGGACGCCGGAGGAAACACCUUGGACAGCUCCCUCGGUCCCGCCAGCGGGGAGGCAGCUGUGUUCCCUCACCUCCAUCAUCUGCCUUCUAGACACGCGCGUCCCCAAGCUCAUUCUUCAGCCUCAGGAGGAAUUAGAAGGUCUUCAUCUAUGUCUUAUGUCGAUGGCUUCAUAGGGACAUGGCCCAAAGAGAAAAGGUCAUCAGUGCAUGGAGUUUCGUUUGACAUUUCUUUUGAUAAAGAGGAUACCGUACAGAGGUGCACUCCGGGCCGAGGAAUCCCUCGCUCUGUCAGCAACGAGGGACUUUCUCUGAACAACAGCCGUGGGUCUAGGAACGUCAGGAAGAGUCUGUCCUUCAAGCCCGUCAAUGGAGAAGAGGGAGCAGGAAGCAUCGAGGAGGAGCUGAACGUGGACUCGGGCGGGGACUUCCCCACCUACGUGCCCCAUAACAUGCACCAAAGGAAUUCCACCGAGAACGUUCGAUGCCGGCUUCCCAACGGAGCCCUGCAGACCAGAGCUGCCCCGGACGAGGCUGGCAGUCCGAUGGAGACGCCGAGCAUCGAGGAGGCGCUGCAGAUCAUCCACGACACGGAGCAGCCCCCCCGCGCCACCCCGCCCGACUCCAUUGCCAACGGCUUCUUCCUGCACAGCCAGGACCUGAGUCCCCUGAACGGAAACCUCAGGCUGUGUCAGUCUAGUCCCGAUCCCGUGACCGACGGCAAAGGUGCCCCGAGCCCCGAGACGGACGACACCGAGGUAGACACGGGCAUCCACGUUCCUUCGGAAGACCUCCCGGGCACGGUGGACGAAGACUCCUCCCUGCGCGACUACACCGUGAGCUUAGACUCUGACAUGGACGACGCGUCCAAGUUCCUGCAGGACUACGACCUGCGCGCGGGCGGCGCCCGCGAGGCCCUGAGCCCCUGUCCCAGCACCGUGAGCACCCGCUCGCAGCCGGGCAGCAGCGCCUCCUCCAGCUCCGGGGUCAAGAUGACCAGCUUCGCCGAGCAGAAGUUCCGGAAGCUGAACCACACGGACGGGAAGAGCAGCGGGAGCAGCUCGCAGAAGACGACCCCGGAGGGCUCGGAGCUGAACAUCCCGCACGUGGUGGCCUGGGCGCAGGCGCCGGAGGACACGGGCCCGGCCCCUGGCCGGGACAGCACGCAGCUGCUGGCCUCCGAGGUGCUGCAGCUGCGGAUGCGGCUGGAGGAGAAGCGCCGGGCCAUCGAGGCCCAGAAGAAGAAGAUGGAGGCCGCGUUCACCCGGCAGAGGCAGAAGAUGGGCAGGACGGCCUUCCUCACCGUGGUGAAGAAGAGGGGGGACGGGAGCGCCCCGCUCCGGGAGGAGGCGGCCGGGGCCGAGGACGAGAAGGGGCACAGCGACCAGGCGCCCGAGAGGGAGCCGCAGGGCACGGGCGCGCAGAGGAGCCGGCCCCUGGCGGGCAUCAAGGAGAGCGCGGAGGGCCCGCCCGCCGGGUGGCCCACGUCACCCACGACACCUGUGGACCCCGAGAAGCAGUGGGGGCUGGCGAGCCCCUCGGAGGAGCCGGCGGGCGAGGGGGAGAUGCUGGAGUACACGCGGUCCAUCGAAAAGCUGAACGCGUCCCUGCACUUCCUGCAGCAGGAGAUGCAGCGCCUGUCGCUGCAGCAGGAGGUGCUGAUGCAGAUGCGGGAGCGGCAGGCCUGGGUCAUCUCCCCGCCCCAGCCCCCCACUCACAGGAAAAGCGCGUCCUUCUCGGUCAAGAACCAAAGGACUCCGCGGCCGAACGAGCUGAAGAUCGCGCCCCUGAACCGCACGCUGACGGCCCCGCGGUCCGUGGACAGCCUCCCGCGGCUGAGGCGGUUCUCCCCCAGCCAGGUGCCCAUCCAGACCCGCUCCUUCGUGUGCUUUGGAGAUGAUGGGGAACCGCAGCUGAAGGAGCCCAGACCCAAGGAGGGGGGCGGGAAGGAGGACUCGGACUCCAAGGAGGCCUCAGAGCAGCAGGCGCGUCCCCCGGGGGGAAAGGAGGUGAAGCCGCUGGAGUCCAGCGUGUCCGAGGUGCUGUCCCAGCCGGUCACAGAGACCGUGUGCCUGACGCCCAGUGACGACCCGUCCAACCGGCCCGCGGAGCCUCCGCCCCGGCCCGCCUUCCCGCCCGCCGGCCCGCCUCCUGCUCCCAAAAACGUCAGUCUCAUCGAAGUGUCCCUCUCGGAUUUGAAGCCCCCUGAAAAGGCUGACGUGUCUGUUGAUAAAGAUGAUGGAGAAAGUGACAGAGAGCCGUUUGAGGAUGAGCAGAAAGUGUGCUGCGGGUUCUUCUUUAAGGACGACCAGAAAGGGGAAAACCACAUGGCGCUGAAGCGGGCCGCCCUGUUGGAGAAGCGGCUUCGCCGGGAAAAGGAGGCCCAGCUCCGGAAGCAGCAGCUGGAGGCGGAAACGGAACACAGGAAGGAGGAGACGAGGCGUAAAACCGAGGAAGAGCGUCAGAGGAAAGAGGGCGAGCGGGCUCGCAGGGAGUUCAUCCGGCAGGAGUAUCUGCGGCGCAAGCAGCUGAAGCUCAUGGAGGACAUGGACUCCGUGAUUAAACCCCGCCCGCAGGCCGCAAAGCAGAAGAAACCGCGCCCCAAGUCCAUUCACAGGGACCACGUCGAGUCCCCCAAAACGCCCACCCAGGGUCCGCCAGUCUCUAGCCUUUCCCUGGCGUCACUGAACACGGGCGACAGCGAGAGCGUGCAGUCGGGCAAGAGGACACCCAGAUCUGAGUCUGUGGAGGGCUUCUUAUCUCCGAGCCGCUGUGGCAGUCGGAACGGAGAGAAGGACUGGGAGAACGCGUCCACCACGUCCUCCGUGGCUUCGGGGACGGAGUACACAGGACCAAAGCUCUACAAAGAGCCCAGUGCGAAGUCCAAUAAGCACAUAAUACAGAACGCCCUCGCCCACUGCUGCUUGGCCGGGAAAGUGAACGAGGGGCAGAAGAGGAAGAUCCUGGAGGAAAUGGAGAAGUCUGAUGCCAACAACUUCCUGAUCCUGUUCCGGGACUCAGGCUGCCAGUUCAGGUCUCUCUACACUUACUGCCCCGAGACGGAAGACAUCAGCAAACUGACGGGGAUCGGCCCCAAGUCCAUCACGAAGAAGAUGAUUGAGGGGCUUUACAAGUACAAUUCCGACAGGAAGCAGUUCAGCCACAUUCCUGCCAAGACUCUGUCUGCCAGCGUGGACGCCAUCACCAUCCACAGCCACCUGUGGCAGAGCAAGAGGCCGGUGACGCCCAAGAAGCUGCUGCCCACGAAGGCGUAGGGGCCAGAGUUCUUGCGCCAGACACGCGGCGCGUCCACCCGCCCCUCCUGCCCGGAGGGCACCUUUCUGGGCACCAGCAGGACCUGUGCUUGUUGAACUGGGCUCCGCCCUGGUGUUGGCGCCUGGGUGUGAACUGCAGUGUUUGGGGGGCGGGUUCUCCUGAGCCGGUGAGUGCAGGUGGCGGAAGCAAUGGCGAGGCUGUCGCGGGGUCACCGGCGGGAGGCCGGGCGCGCGGGGCACUGGCUCACACACUACUGGGCGUAAGGGGGAAAGAGGUGAGGUUACAGAUUAUGGGCUUAUGUGUCGCUUUCAAAAAACUUUCCAUGUAUGUGCUUGUCUUCAAAUGGUUUAUUUUGAUACUUUUCUCUCCAUGGGGGUUUGUUCCCAGAUACCUUCGUGUUUGUCUCACGUGGAGGUCACGCGAGGAGGAGGCGCCUGCUCAGGCGCCGCACCUGCCGUGAUGCUCAGAGGACACUAGUGUUAGUGGGGGACCCUCGUGUUUCCCUGGCGGGGAGCCUUGGACUGCGUACGCUAAGUAUUAAACCCUGUAUUUAUUACUCA